GCAUUGAUCACAGUCCAGUUUGCACCUUCAGGAUAACAACAUCUGUGAAAUCAACUCAACGGUUUAAACAUGAAAACCUUCAUCGUUUUUGGCCUUCUUGCCCUUGUUGCCGCCCAGGAUUCCACCUACACCAACAAAUACGAUCACAUCGAUGUGGAUGAGAUUCUGAAGUCGGACCGUCUCUUCAAGAACUACUACAACUGUCUGAUCGAUCAAGGACCUUGCACGCCGGAUGCAACCGAGCUGAAGCAGAGUCUUCCCGAUGCCCUGGAGAACAACUGCUCCAAGUGUACUCCGAAGCAGAAGGAAACUGGUUACAAGGUCAUCAGCUCGCUCAUUGAGAAUCGUCCUGCAGAAUGGGCUGUCCUGCAGGCCAAGUACGAUCCCGAGCGCAAGUUUGUCGAAAAAUACCGGGAAGAAGCUGCCGCCGCUGGUAUUAAGCUGUAAAAAUCUUGAGUUUCACUAGAAUGUUUAAUAACUUUGUUCUUGACCCCAAAAGAAACCAUCAAAGGGACGCAUUGAACCUUCGUGAUUUAGUGUAAUUAAUAACUCUUGAGAGAAACGACACAAUAAAUUCUACAUUUCAAACCUA